AUGAGGAACCUCAGGUUUUUUAGGCAUGCGAACGUAGUUUGCUUCGCGUUGCUGCAUAUUUUAGUUCAGGAUGAGCCCUCGAGCAGAGGAAGGGGCAUGAUGCAGCCCAGGAGCCUCUCCGAAUUUGUGUCUUCCAUAUUUCCAUCCUCAUAUGGAAAUAUGUUUGCUGAUGAGGACGAUUUGCUGCCGGAAGAUGGUUUUAGCUCAGAUGAUGAUGCCGGUACGUGUGUUCCAAAAUGUGGGGGUAGUCGCAGCUGCGGUUCUAUGGAGAGCGAGUCCUGUGCGCGAGGUAGCUGCUUCCGAGGUGGGUUCCCCGGCAGUGGGGUUCCCGCAGAUGACAGCUCCGAUGAUGGUAAGUCCUGCCCGGGGAGCGCCUCAUGCGGGGGGAGCUUCUGCAAGGGGGUCGGCGACAUGGCGGCGGGCAUGACAGGUGGUGUUGCGGAUUUUUCUGCAGAGCAGUCGUUGAAAAGUGAGAUGGAAAGUGCGAUGGAAAGUGAGAUGAAAAAUGCGAUGGAAAGUGCGAUGGCAAGUGAGAUGGAAAGUGCGAUGGAAAGUGCGAUGGCAAGUGAGAUGGAAAGUGCGAUGGAAAGUGAAAUGAAAAAUGCGAUGGAAAGUGAGAUGAAAAAUGCGAUGGAAAGUGCGAUGGCAAGUGAGAUGGAAAGUGCGAUGGAAAGUGAGAUGAAAAAUGCGAUGGAAAGUGCGAUGGAAAGUGCGAUGGGCAAUCCGAUGGAUAAUCCGCUGACCAGCUCGCUGGACAAUCCCCUGGAUAUGCCCCUGAGUAACGGCACGGAUGACCCAACUGAAGACACCGUGGAGGACGCAGUGGAGGAAACUCUGGGCGACGACGCGGAGGAAACCAUGAGCGACGAUGUGGAGGAAAUGCUGGACGAUGGUUCAGACGAGACGUUGGAAGAUUCUGUGGCAGAAGCUUUGGAUGACUAUUUAGAUGACGACGAUAUGGAGGAGACGGUAGAUGACUCCUUGGAUGAUGGGGUGGAAGAUGCAGUGGAGGACGCUUUGGAUGGCACUGCAGAGGAUAUCUUGGGGGACCAUGUAGAAGACGACAUGUUGAGCCCAGAUGAGGAUUUCGUGGAAGAGGAUUCCCCCGAUCUUAUGGAUGACGCAUCUGACGAAUUGUUAAUAGAUUUAGAAUUUUCAGAUCCUAACGAUUUAGAUGGUAGAAUAAAUAGACCAUAUGACCAUGUCAAUGUGAAGGUCACUCAGACAGCAGGGAAAUGGGAUUCUUUAGGUCCCAAUCCGUUCCUUUUUAAUAAUAAUAGCUGCCCUUACGGAUGUAGGAAUUCCGAUUUAUCCAAGACGUUAACUGAAGAACAGCUAGAUGAAAAGAUCUACAAUUUGGGUUCUGUCGUAGAUGUGAGGGACAUGUACAUCAUAUGGAAUUAUGUAAAUGAUAAUGAGAAGAAAAAGUUUUACAGCAUGAGGACUAUGUUGCUGACCUACUGCGACUGCCUGUCAGAUGCAUGUGAAAUCCCUCAUGAAAUUAAAAAACAAGAAUGGCUAAAGGUCCAUCGAUUCAUGAAUAGAGUGUUUUUAAGGUACGAAAAGAGGUUCACCAAAUAUAUCCACUCGUUUUUGAAGCAUGGAAAGACCGACCGAUGGAGAUUCAUAGAUUUCUUAAACAACUACAAAGCGAAGUGCAACAAGUUUAGGAUCGUCAUGUAUAACUACUGGAAGAAUAACAUCUUCACCCGGAUCGACACCUACCAGCGCUUUCUGGUCGACGUGAGUUGAGCAGUUAGGGGGGGCACGGAAGUUAUGGUGCAGUUAUGAUGCAGAUGAUAUGGUGCAAGUUAUGGUGGAGUGUUAGGAUGAGAAGAACCAACCUCUUAAUUACGCACCUCCGUUUGGAGUGGAUGACGAGUGGCAGGCCGCAUACUAAUCAUGGAUGAUCGAUCCCCGCGAAGGACGCUUCAGCGUUUUCCAUACCGUUAAGCUCCACCCGUUUUGGCCUUUCUCCUACAUGCGCAGAUGAAUUGGUGAGCCCGUUCGGACAGGCACAGCCAGCUAAGCCAGUGAUGAUUCGGCCCCUUUCGGGGGCUCGGCGCCUGUGUUAGCUUCGAUUACAAGGCGAGCGCACAUGUUUUGUGUAGCUCCUAUGACGACGUGAUUAUACUUGUCCAUUUUUAUUUCGCUUCUCGUGCUUUGGGGGGUGUCCCCGCAUACACAUGUGUGCAUAUACAUAUAGGUGUUUUUUUUUUCUUUCCGAUGUCUAACAUUUUUUUUGAGAGAGAAAUUCAAGGGAAGUUCUUUACACCCCGUUUUACGUGGGGGAGUUUAAAAACGAUUUAGUCUGAUGGGGUGUUGCGUUACCUGCGCGUGGCACCAGC